AUGUGCAGUUUUCUUUCGGAGAAGAAGAGGCUUGUGAAAGCUGGUCAAGACACGUCGGCCAUCGACCUUUGCAUCGCCGCCUUGGCUCAAGAGAAGAAAAUGCCGGUGCCCAGGAACCACUACGAGUAUUACGUCGCCAUUCCAAAAUCGAUGAAGACCUCGCUUGAUCCAGUGCAGGAGCCUAGUGUAAGCGAAGUAAGCAAUAACAUCGCAUCGGCGGGAGCUCAGAAGAUCAGCAACACCGCAAUGUCGCACCGCGCACCUCGCCAAAUGCCAGGCAUGCGGCGUUUGUACGCGCAGCGAGAUUGCGAGAGGCGCCUUGACGCGCUCCACGGAUACACGCAAGGCAGCGGCAGGAGUCAAGAGACCAAGGCGGUACAGGCGGCCAUCGACGCGAAAGCGGUUGCUGCAGGGUUGAGCAAGGCCCCAGAGACGUACGGCGACUGGUUGGCGCGUCCCAGAAUCGUGGGAGAUUCGAGCACGCACAUGCAGUACGGCAUGGCGCAACUGUUCGAGGAGAAGGAGGACGCGCUUGCCAAGGGGGAGGACACGGCAGAUGUAGAGUCGCGCAUCGCAAGCCUUGCCGCACAGAACGGGGUGCGAGUCCCAAAUUCCAGCCGUCACUUUUAUAUCAUGAUGUUCAGAAAGCGACAACGCGAGCGCGAGAUCGCAGCUAGACUGGGUCAGCCCUCAACAAAGAGAGCACGCAGACCGGAGGUGUCUGCGCUACCGCAUGCGUCAUCAGAAUGGGCAAGCACAUCACUUUCGGACUACGGUGUAGCACAGCUUUUCCGCUUCCGCGAUCACGCUCGGACAGCUGGCGAAACCGAGCACGCAGAGCGCAUACAAGCUGCCAUCGAUGCGCGUGCCAAGGCGGAAGGAGUGAUCCUCACAGACACUUGGAAAACUUAUCGAAAAGACUUGCAUUUGCUGCAUAGAGAAGGCGCGUACGAGAAGACGUACAGGGACCAGAUGUAG